UGUGCACUUCUAUCAACCGGCACUGCCCUCAUCUGCAUGCACAUAAUUUGUUGUCAGUAAGAUGCACACUUGCCUGAAGCAGGAUGUGCGCUAACCACGGAGCUGAGUAGUGGGCGUUGCAAGGUUUUAUUUUUUUUACCUGAGAGUGAAAAUCUUUAGCCUGCGGUGAUUCCGCAUUCAGCAGGAAGCCCAUCCUACCAGACUCCGCUGACAUUUCUCAAAAAACGGUAGUCUUCCCGUAGCUAUCGCUAAGCAACUUAAGAAUAACUACGUCUCAAAGUUCAACUUCAAAAGCGAAAGUAUGGAAACAACGGCGGACCUAAAGACUUUUUCAGAGGUAAUUACGCAAAUAUUACAAGAAGCGCCAAGUGCGAGGAAGGGUCUCUCAGACAACCAGACCAACCUGAACCAAGUGGCCGAGUACUGCGAGAAGAAGUACCUGCAGGCAGAGGAUCCAACGAAGGCUCUGGAGGAAACCAAAGCCUUGACCACCCAGGCGUUGGCCAGUGUGACAUAUCAGAUAAACAGCCUGGCGUCCACUUUGUUGAAGCUGCUGGAUUCUCAGGCCUCGCAGGUCAAAGACAUAGGCGCCGCUGUCAACAUCCUCUCUCAGACAGUGGCUGUUCACAAGGAGAAAGUGGCCAGGAGGGAGAUUGGCUCAUUUAGCAUCCCCAAAAAGAUUGCCCGUACCAAAUGUAUGACUUUACCCAAGUCAGGCAUAGAACCCCAGCGGCGCUACACCAGAGAACCCGUCAACUUCAACACCCUGGACUGCAUUGGACACUCUUUUGAGUUCCCUGUUCAGCCCUCCAAGAAGAGACCGGGGAGUACAGGAAGCACACACUCCAUAAAACGUGGGCCUGUGGAGUGUCCCACGGUUCCUCCCACUCUACCCAGUGAGCCAAUCAGCAGUGCCAGUGACCGUUACGGGUCCAGCCUUGGCAUCGCCGUGGCCACUCCGUCCGUUCCCUCCUUCUCUUCUGGAUCCAACUUUGGCGGGGACAGCCUACCUCCUCCUCCUCCGUCUGAACCUGGCUAUUCAGACUCACCUCCACCCCCACCCCCGCCUCCCCAGCUUGGUUAUUCAGACUCAUCUCCACCUCCUCCUCCUCCACCUCCAGACUCAACCCAGGCUGGUUUUCCUGCUCCACCACCACCACCACCCUCCAUGACCUCUCCCGGGGGCUUCCCUCCACCUCCUCCAACCGGCGGUCUAUCGAACGGGAACCUUCCCCCGCCCCCACCUUCAAUGCUUUCCUCAGGAUCUCCUCCACCCCCACCCCCUCUGAUGUCUCCAUCAGGGGCACCUCCACCCCCACCUCCUCCGAUGCCUUCAUCAGGGGCUCCUCCUCCUCCACCACCUCCACUGUCUUCAUCAGGAGCUCCACCACCACCACCACCACCCCCACCACCUUCCUGGCACUAAUGAGCAUUGAAGCUUAGCUCGGAGCUAAGAGGACUAUUUUGAUUGGUCAGAAACAUUUCCCAUAAAGCAUUGCUGUUGGUUCUUCAAGGGUACUUGCUAUAUUUUUUAAUGGAAGUCUUUUGUUGAUCUUUUAUGCCUGUCUUUGUAUGGAUAACAGCACAGCAAAGACUGGGCAUGGAACACAGGGAUUUGUUUCUCCUCUCCACAUGCAAGUUUAUCCUUGAGCUGUGAAGAUUGUUCACUCUCAUUUUAGUGCUCUGCUUCCUGCUGUUGCUUCCUCUUUUACCUUCCCCAAACAAGAUUUUUUUUCUUCUAUAGAAAUGCGUGUGGAUGAGUAAUAUGUUUUGCCCAGAGAUCUAAAUUAAAUACUCUCAAGAGUGUGCAUUCCUAUGUACUGGAUGACAACACGGCGCUUAUAUCAGUUGAACAUGUUUCAACAGCACCACUGCUGCAUUCCUACACGGCAAGCUCAAACUUGGAGCUGCAUGAGGAUACAUACAGUGGCAUUUUUAGCGUAGGUGAGCAAGAAUAUGUUUAUAAAUGAGCCGGCAAAUGAAUAAUGUACUUGGGAGUUGUAUUACAAAAAGCCAAUAUAUGACCUGAUACCAUAACAACAAAUAUAUCACGGCAGAAACUGGAUCUAGGAACAAGAAUUGUGUCUACCUAGUGUAAGUAAAUAGACUGAAUGGGAGUUUAUUUGUAGCACUUUUACGUACGUUCUCUUGGGGUAGUCACAAGCCCACAUUUUACCCACGCUAUGUUGCUAGCCAGGCUCAGAAGGGGAACUUUCGAUGCAGAUGAGUAUCUGCAUUAUAUGCUUCUUUCAGUCUUAUACAUAAUAAAAUGUAAGAGCAAGAUUUUAAUUUGAUCUAAAGAUUUUAUAUAUAUAUAUAUAAUAAACAUGAAGGGCUUUGAGCGAUCAUGCACUUGAAGUGAUCUUUGUGAGCACAGUAGAAAAGCUUUUAUCACAAUACUAGCAGUGUGUUUCAUGGCAAUUGUCUAUCUAAACUUCCUGUUCAGAGCAAUGUCAUGCCUACUGCCAUCUGAAAUAUACAGCCAUGUCUUUUUGCGUGUUGCAGGUUUAACCUAACUUUUAACAGGGGCAGUCAGGCAAGGGCAGGUAUGUUGAGAAUUUAUGGGACAGGCAUACCUGCUCCAACUUAAAUGAUUGGAGAUAGGUGCUGUCAAGGUUACGUCACUCACACAUUUCUACUUAGGGUGAGUUUAACUGCUCACGGACGCCAUAAACGGACUCAAUAGAUAGGUAGCAGGCGGUUUAUAACAUCCGUGUUUUUUCCGAAUCAAGCUGCUCGGGCUAAUUGCAAAGGUAAGACAGACAUGUGUCAAGCUUUUAAAUCGCGCUGUCGUUCAUUUUCAUUAUUCCUGUUCAUCUUCCUCACUUUGCUAGAGCUGAAUGGAAGCAUAUUAUUGAUCAGAUGAAUUGUAUUAUUUUCUUACUAAAUCAGAUCAACCUGUCUUCACAUCUCUUGUAAACUUAAAAGUUUUAACUUCAAACCACAUUUUAGUGAUAUAUUGUAGUCAAGACAUUCAUGUAAAAUACAACUUUCUGUUCACUAUGAGCAAAUAAUUCAUUAUUACUCAUUUUCGUUUAGUAAAUUGUUGUGUCAUUAUUUCCAUUAAAUAAAAUAGAUGAAGUUCAA